GACAAUUUUUGUCAGAAAAGUUUUUUCGGGAUGAGCGGCGAUAGCUGCUGGAGGACUCAGAAGUUGAGGGAGAGCGUCAUCAAGAGAUUUAACGUGGAGCUUUUCAAAUUGGGGACCAACAUCGACUUUGACUGCGGAGAAAUCGAAAGAAGGAUCAGCGAACGGGCAACAACUAAAGAAGAAUAUCUGGGAAUUAUAAGUAAACUGACUGUGUUCAUUAGAAUGAGAACUAAGAAUCACACGCCGAACUUCAAAGCCGAGGUAUUGGAAGAAAUAGGUAAAAUGAAAAUACCGAAAUUGGUUAAAGUCGUGCCGAUUGUGGAGUUGGAGAAAAAGCACCAAAUGAACGAGCAAGAUCUUUACACUUCAGUUGAAGAUGUUUUAGAACAAGAUAAUUAAAAACAUUUACAAAAUUUAUGGUUUAUAAAUUCUAAAAAAAUAAAUUCUAUGUUUUAUC